UUGAUUAUAAAUUGAGUGCAUUAUUGCAAUGUAUCAGUCCUUGAUCAAACCAAACCAUAUUUGCAAUCUAGUUCUUGUUGACUUUCCAAUAAUCUUGGCUCUAUCAUCAUGGAGAACAUUAGAGAGGAUGCAUCCCCAAACAAUAUCAAUUCUGAACAGCCAUACAGAACUUGGUACCACUUUCAGCCCCUAAAAAAUUGGAUGAAUGAUCCUAAUGGACCAAUGUACUAUAAAGGUGUUUACCAUUUAUUCUACCAAUAUAACCCUGAUGCAGCAACAUUUGGUCAUGAGAAAAUGGUAUGGGGUCAUUCUAUAUCAAAUGAUCUCAUAAAUUGGACUCAUCUAAAUGAUGCUAUUGUACCAACUAUACCUGGUGACAUAAACAGUUGUUGGUCAGGUUCAGCCACUAUACUCCCAGGUGAAAAACCUGCUAUGUUGUAUACAGGAAUUGAUCAAAAUAGACACCAAGUUCAAAAUUUAGCCAUGCCAAAGAAUCUGUCUGAUCCUUACUUAAGGGAAUGGGAAAAACAUCCUCAAAAUCCUUUGAUGACUCCACCUAGUGGAGUUGAAGUCGGUGAAUUCCGAGAUCCUUCAACUGCAUGGCAAGGAAAGGAUGGAAAAUGGAGGGUAAUUAUUGGUGCUCAAAAUGGAGAUGAAGGAAAAAUUAUUCUUUACAAAAGUGAGGAUUUUGUUAAGUGGAUAGUGGAUCCUAUACCUUUCUUUGCAACAGAUGAUACCGGAGUUUGUGAAUGUCCAGAUUUUUUUCCUGUGUAUAUCAAUAACACAAAUGGAGUUGAUACAACUAUGGAAAAUUCAAGUGUUAGACAUGUCUUGAAGAUAAGCUAUCUACGUAGACGUCAUGACUAUUACUUUAUUGGAAAAUAUGUAUCUGAUAAGGAAGAGUUUGUUCCUGAUGUAAAAUAUACUGGAACUUGGAAGGAAUUGAGAUUUGACUAUGGAAAGGUUUAUGCUUCAAAGUCAUUUUUUGACCAUGCUAAGAACAGGAGAAUAUUAUGGGCAUGGGCGGAAGAGUCCGACACUAGUGAAGAUGACAUUCAAAAAGGAUGGGCUGGUCUUCAGACAAUUCCAAGGAAGUUCUGGCUUGAUAAGAAUGGGAAGCAAUUAAUGCAAUGGCCAAUUGAAGAGUUAGAAAAACUUCGUGGCAAACAAAUCAAUAUCACCGGAGAAACACUCCAAAGUGGAUCAACUCUUGAAGUAAAAGGUAUCACUGCAUCUCAGGCUGAUGUGGAAGUCUUGUUUGAGCUACCCAAUCUACAAAGUGCUGAGUUGCUAGAACCAAGUGAAGUUGAUCCUCAAGAACUCUGUAAAGAACAAUAUGCAUCAAGAAAUGGCAUGAUAGGACCAUUUGGUUUGCAAGCUUUAGCAUCAAAAGACCAAACAGAGAGGACUACAAUAUCUUUCCGAAUAUAUAGAGCCGGCGAUGGAUUCAAAUGCUUGAUGAUAAGUGACCAGACCAGGUCUUCAUUGCGGGAGGACGUUGAAAAAACCUCAUAUGCAACUAUCUUUGACAUUGAUCCCAAUCUCAAAACAAUUUCACUUAGAAGCUUGAUUGACCGGUCCAUUAUAGAGAGUUUUGGAGAUGGAGGGAGAGCUUGCAUAACAAGUAGAGCUUAUCCCUUAUUUGCUACAGAUAAAGAUGCACAUCUUUUUGUAUUCAAUGAUGGAAGCCAAAGUGUGGUUAUCUCACAACUGAAUGCUUGGAGCAUGAAGCAAGCACAGUUUGGCACAGAAAGCAUAAUAUAGCUAAAAAUAAUUUGGAAAAUCUUACAACAUUUAUUUUUUAAGAUAAGGAUAAUUUGUAUUUGCUGUAUGCUGGAAAUAGUUUGCGUUAUUUUUUUAUUUUUUUUGUUCAACAGAUAAAUUUAUUGUGUUAAUUUUGGAUUGAUAAGUCAACAUUCAUUCAAUAAUUGAUAAGUAACACAUAAUUAUUGAGUU